AUGGACACUCCCGCCUCCUUGCGGGCCUUCGCAUACGCACACGAUCAUGUGAUUCUGCUAGGCCGUGAACAGGCUAGCCCCUCGGCUGGCCAUUGGUCCUCCAUUGGUCUUGUCGGUUUGCAAGGUUGUUUGGGAUUCGACAAGUGCAGCCAGCAGCUUGCGACUCUCCAGCAACGCUUAGCUGACCGCUGGCAACGAGGUCAUGCUACCUUUCUUCUUUUCCCGACUGUGCCCCCUCUGGCUGCUCUCUGCUUGCAAAACAUAUCCAGUCUCGCCAGCCAAGUUUGCGCUGCUGCUGCUGCUGCUGCUGCCGUCACUAUCAGACCCCGUCCCGCUACUACUGUGACCAGACUUCCAGAUUCUUCGUCUCCGUCUUUUUCGUUGUGCUGCCGCUGCUGUUCAUGGGCCGCGUCCGCAAUGGGUAUCCUCGAUCUCGCCGAUGAGCUCCUCCGCAUCGUAUUGGAAAAUGUCACUUCAGAGCCAGAAAAACUCACAAGCCUCGAGCGACGUGCCUACCUUUCCCAGGAAAGCUUCAAGCAACCUCCACCUUUGGAGCCCGAUCAAGCCCAAACCAUCGCGGCUUUUCGGCUCACGUGCCGCAAGUUUUCCGACCUCGGCGUCAUCCAUCAAUUCUCAAGAGUGACUACCAGAUUCUCGAGAAGAGGUCUAAAACGGCUGGAGAAUAUAGCAAACCAGCGACAUAUUGCAGAGCGAGUGAAGAAGUUUAGCUACAUGGUCCCGUUCUUUUACGUUGAAGGCAGAGAGCGUGUGCAAGAACUUCUUCGUACCCGCCCAGAGGACCUGGGAUUCUUCGACCUUGGCCACUUCCAGCAAAAAGUCAAUGAGCAAAAGGACAUCCUGAGGACACAAGAGGACGCUCGAGUCCUAAAACUCGCCAUAGCCGCUUUCACCUCGCUGCAGCAUGUUCAAAUCCUACGUGUCCAGGACCGGGAGGACGGAAAUCUCAUCUCCUACAUGCGAAAUCAUGCUGAGCUGAUGCACCUGGUCGAAUUAAAGUGGCCUCCGGCCUGCUUGCAUUCCACAAAAACAAUUGGCACUGCGCUGCUCGAGUCCAGAUCACCGUGUUCGCGCUUCUCCUCGCCCAUGCUCAGUCCACAAAGCGUCCUGGGUGCAGCAAGCAACCCUCCUACUACCUUGAGCGUUCUUGCCGAACGUCUGACCUGCCUCGAGAUACAUUUCGAUGACGGCAUAGAUUUGGACGUUAGAAUGCGACAGCUCUCUUCGCUAGCACAAGCCGUUUUUACAGCAGCCAAGAACAUUGAGGCCGUCCAUAUUGGAUUCCCGUCACACAGACCACUAAACCUGCGCCUGGAGGAGCUGUUUCACCACGUCAAGUGGGAUAAACUGCAAGCGUUUGGUAUUCAAGCGUGGAAGCUCGAUGCUGAGGAGAUCAUCAGUCUUGCUCAACGGCAUCGAGAGACACUACGUGGAUUCAGGCUACGAGAUGUCAUCUUACGAGAUGGAAGCCGAUGGACAGACGUUCUCACAGCACUACGGGACAACAUGGCCAGACUGGACUGGGUCAGUCUGCGGAGAAUCGACUACGAGAAACACUUUGACGAGCAGUGGACCACGGGUGGUGUGGAAGUACCAGACGACCCACUGGUAGGCAGCGACAGCAGCGACGAGGAUGAAUGGGAUCACUACGAAGACCACGACGACGAUGAUGACGACGAUGACGACGCAGAGCACAGCCUCAACACCUCGCACAACCACGAUGUCGAGGCCAGUGACGGAUCCGUAGCCGACUCCUUUUCCGACGCAGGUACCGACGAGCCCGAACAGGGCGGAACCCUACACUUUCCGCCCAUGCCCGACACCCCCGCCUCCGUCACCUGGUGCAACUGCAACGGGCACAUGGACAGCGUCGAUGUCCUGCAGGACGACGGCAUCAUGGUGACCAACCAGCAGCGCAAAUUCUGGGAAAAGUGGGUGGUCAGGAAAAUCUGCACCGAGCAGCAUGCUCACAAGUGA